AUCUCGUGUGGUGGCGACAUGGCAUUGGUCGUCAGUAAAAAAGUGGUACAUAAAACCGAUAAGGUACCACAAGAUGGGCUAUUCCGAGGUAUAUAUUUGAUCGACUCAGCAGUCAUACGUUCAGUAUAUCUACAAAUUACAAACGGUGACGACUCGUUGCCCGUAUAUUCGUCAUAACGUAAUUUCGCAAUCAUGUACAGAUUAGUUUUGACGUUUUUUGCUUUAACCAUUGUUCGGUCCUCACUCAUGACGGAGAACGAGAAUUGGUGGUCCGGCUACAAGCUCUGUCAUUCCCUGUGUCCUGAGUUAUGUCAGUCCCUACCACUAAAUGAAACCGGUAAAGUUUCGCAGGAUGAGUCUGUUUGCAAUAUGAUAUGCCCGGAAAUGUGCCGAAAAGCGGGUGAUUACGUAUUUGGUGGCACCAAUGGCACCAAUGGCACAUGUUAUCAUUUUGAAGAGUUUGGAUGUGUACCCUAUUGGACAAACCUACCUCCAAGCUCCAGAAGUAAUUACGGAAUGGGUUUCGGAGUUGGUUACGGAUUUUUUCGAAAAAAUAUAGAGGCGGAUAAUACAUUUGGUAAUUUAAAGUCAUUCGAAGUUUUGCAAUCAGAUUUAGAUCCGAAAGUACCUACAAUAAUCGUUAUCCAAGGUUAUUGGAAUGUGGAUCAGGAGUUAAAUGCUGGUCAAAUGAUAAAGACAAUGAUAGACAGAUUAUUAGAGAAGGGUGAUUAUAAUAUCUUUUAUGUAACAAGGAGCAGCCCAUUUUCCCCCCAGUUGUACGAGAACUCAGUGGCUGAUACAAUUCUUGUUGGUCUGGAAAUCGCUAACAUGAUUAAAUAUUUAAAAAACAAGAUGGGCCUAAAACCAGAAGAUGUUCAUUUAAUAGGACAUAGUCUAGGAGCGCAUGCCGCAGGUUAUGCUGGAAAAUAUACACCAGGUUUGGGUCGCAUCACAGGACUUGACCCAGCCAAACUACUAUUUCAAGAUAGACCUAUUGAACAUAGACUUCAUCAUACUGAUGCACAUUUUGUAGACGUCAUCCAUACUCAUACUGAGACGUAUGGUAUUGAACAACCUUGCGGACAUCUCGACUUUUAUCCAAACGGCGGUAGUCUGCAACCAAAUUGUAGUGAUUCGAUUUGUAGUCAUAAUAGAGCCUAUGAACUAUUUAGUGAAUCUAUCAACUCGCAAUGUGUGUUGAAGGGAUGCGGAAAGGUCAAAGAUAAUACUGUUUGUGCUGUGAUGGGUUGGAAUGCGAAAAAACCUUCAGCCAUCAGCAACUAUGAUACACGAUACUAUUUAAAUAUAACCGGAACAUCUCCGUAUUGCAUAUCGGAAUAACAGUGACAUUGAAUGAAUUAAUCACCGAAACAGAGCACUAGAACAUUGAUGCCCCUCGAAAGUAGUGUAAUUAAAAUGUAAUUUUUACAUUAUAUUAAAAAAUAAUAAAGUUCCGAUUAGAAUAAUGCAAACAAGUCAUUUCUUUUUAACAUAUCUUUAUUUACUGUUUCGACUACAAUGACCAUUAUAGAUAAAUUACUAAAACCGUCCAAAAGUUGUAUGUUUAUAUCUUUUUACAUAUUUAAAAUCA